CUGACCGUGAGUUUAACAAACACCUCAACUCAAAGUGGAAGUAAACCCCGGUGAAGUUCGUGGAGCUGUGACUGACUGUCUGUUUUCAGCUUCACCUGGAGACUCAAUGGCUUCCAGAUCACGAGAGGAUCUCUACUGUUCCGUCUGCCAGGAUGUCUUCAGAGAUCCUGUCAUUCUGUCAUGUAGCCACAGCUUCUGUAAAGAUUGUGUGAAGAGCUGGUGGAAAGUCAAAGAAGUGAAAGAGUGUCCACUUUGUAAGAGAAGAUCUUCAAUGAACGAACCAGCUAACCUGGCGUUAAAGAACCUGUGUGAGGCCUACUUGCAGGAGAGAGAUCAGAGCUCUUCACAUGCUCUCUGCAGUCUGCACUCAGAGAAACUCAGACUCUUCUGUCUGGACCAUCAGCAGCCAGUGUGUGUCAUCUGCAGAGAUUCAGAAAUACACACCGACCACAAAUUCCGACCCAUCGAAGAAGCUGCAAAACAACCCAAGAAGCAGCUUCAGGAAACUCUGGAGCCCUUGAAGAAGAAGUUAAAGUGUUUUGAACAUGUUAAAGUAGAAUUUGACCAAACAGCAGAACACAUUAAGGUCCAGGCCGGACGCACAGAGAGGCAGAUCAAAGAGCAGUUUAAAAAGCUUCACCAGUUUCUGGAGGAGGAAGAGGAGGCCAGGAUGGCUGCACUGAGGGAGGAAGAGGAGCAGAAGAGUCGGAUGAUGAAGGAGAAGAUUGAGGCUCUGGGCGGAGACAUAACGGCUCUUUCAGAGACAAUCAGAACCACAGAGGACGAGCUGAGAGCUGAAGACGCCUCGUUGCUGCUCAACUACAAGGCUGCGGUGGAACGAGUCCAGCAGCACCCCCUGCUGGAUGAUCCACAGCUGGCCUCAGGAGCUCUGAUAGACGAGGCCAAACACCUGAGCAACCUGAGCUUCAACAUCUGGAACACGAUGAAGGACAUGGUCUCCUACAGUCCUGUGGUUCUGGACCCAAACUCUGCUCAUCCAAGACUCCUCCUGUCUGGAGAUCUGACCAGUUUGAGACAAAGGAGGAAACAGCAGCUUCCUAACAAUCCAGAGAGGUUUGAUUAUUACCACUUAGUCCUGGGAUCUGAGGGUUUUCACUCAGGGACUCACAGCUGGGACGUCCAGGUUGGAGACAAUAUAUGCUGGGCACUGGGUGUGUUGGGAGAGUCUGUCCAGAGGAAGAGAAACAAACAGUCUGGAUUAUGGGGAAUACUGUUCCAUGGAGGUACAUACUCAACAGUGUCAUCACCAAUAUCUGUUCUCUCUGCGCAGAAGAUCGAGAGGAUCAGAGUGAAACUGGACUGGAACAGAGGAGAAGUGUCGUUCUCUGAUCCAGACACUCACACACACAUUCACACCUUCACACACACUUUCACUCAGAAGAUGUUUCCAUUCUUUCACAUUAUGGAUGAUUCCCCAGUGAAGCUGUUACCUGUGAGUGUCUCUGUGACAGUGGAUCAGAGCAGGUAGAGAUAGAGAUUUUAUUCAUCAUGUUGUUUCUUCAAGACAAAUCUGCUCAAUUUAACUGUUAAACUGCGCUCGUUAUUCUAAAGCUUUGUUUAUUUCUCCUUUCACUUCUCACUCAUUUUAUUGCUACUGUCGACUUUUUCAUGUGUGUAAAAAGAUGGCUUGUUUAUUUAUUUUCAUGGAAAAUGUUUUUUUUUAAUCAUUUUGAUCUUGUGUGGGU